UAGAAUUUGCCGAGUAUUACAAAUAAGUAUGACAUCCCCACAAGGAAAUAACAGGUGCUAUGCUUUGGCUUUUUUAAUUGUCAUUUCAUUCAGCAUUACCUACGCAGAUGGCGAGAAGAUAGGAGUAUGCUACGGAAUGCUUUCAAACAGCAUGCCUUCUAAAAGCGACGUGGUGAAUCUACUGAAGACGAGAAAUAUAGGAAAGGUGAGAUUAUACGAAGCAAACCGGGACGCCCUGCAGGCACUGAAGAGUUCUGGCAUCGAAGUGAUUGUGGGAGUCGGCAACAAUGAGCUUCAGAAGAUUGCCGGUGAUCAGGCUGCAGCAAACGGAUGGGUCAAUGACAACAUUCGCCCAUUUUCUUCUUCUGUCAACAUCAAAUACAUUGCGGUAGGAAACGAGGUUUACGCAAAUUCGGGACUCGUUCAGUAUCUCCUGCCCGCGAUGAACAACAUCCAGACGGCACUGCGUAACGCCAAUCUGCAGAACAUCAAGGUCUCCACACCACAUGCAAUGUCUGUCCUGUCUAAGUCAUAUCCUCCCUCUCAGGGAGCCUUUGGUCCGGAUAUGAGCGGUAUACUGAAGUUUCUGUCAGAUAAUGGCUCCCCUUUUAUGGCCCACGUCUAUCCAUACUUCAGCUACAGAGACAACAGAAAUUCAAUUUCAGCAGACUAUGCGUUGUUCAGAUCAGCAAAAACUGUCGUGAACGAUGGCGGGCGAAUGUAUAAGAACUUGUUCGACGCUAUGGUGGACUCUUAUAUAUCUGCCAUGGAAAAGGUCGGACACCCCAAUAUUCCAAUUGUGAUAACUGAAAGCGGGUGGCCUUCUGCAGGCAGUGCUGUGGCGACUGUGGACAGUGCGCGGACAUACAACAACAAUCUCAUCAAGCAUGUUUUGUCCACUGCUGGAACACCAAAGAGGCCUGAGAGGACAAUUGAAACAUUUAUUUUUGCACUUUUCAAUGAGAAUCAAAAGGGGUCUGAGGAGGAGCGCCAUUUUGGUCUGUUUGAAACCAAUAAAAGUCCUGUAUACCCUGUGAACUUCUCACCUUGAUGUGGAAUCAACAUAUCUUUAAGGAAUAUGUCUAAUACCAGCAAUAAAACUAUAGGCCUAAGACCAGCAAAACAGGCGGCCGUUGCAGUCCGAUUCGCUCUCGUAUAUGAGCUAGACUAAAAUAGGAUUAGUCAUCUCAGCUGUCCUCAUAACCCUAAACCGGGUUCUCUUUUGGUUAUACAUACAAUAAAUGUUAUGCUAUUAGCGGAAUUCUUAAACUAGGU